AAUUAACCAGUAACAUUUUCGAUAUAAGAUCAUGGGUUUGAAGCAAACUUCUAGGGUUUAUGUUUCUCUGGGUUUGGUGGCAUUGAUGGUGAUGGCGCUUGCCAUUAGUUGUAGCUGCACCAGCGUCGGACAUAUGCCGUCAAGAGAAGAUGUAGGAGAAGACUUUGAGGAGUUGAAAGGGGAGACAAAAGAAGUCAAAGAUAAGGCAGGAGAGACGGGUAAAGAGACCAAAGAAACAUCGGAGUCAUGGGCAGGAUGGGCUAAGGAGAAGAUCUCUGAAGGACUUCGGCUGAAAGCAGAGGAUGCAAAGGAGGCUGCAAAGAAAGCUUCUGAUUCAGCCACUGAAACUGCUAAGAAGACCAAAGACAACGUUGAAGAUACGGCUUCUGGAGCCGGUAAAUACACAGCCGAGAAAGCCAGAGAUGCUAAGAAUGUAGCAAGUGACAUGACGAAUACAGCAAAAGAGAAGACUACUGAUGCUAUGUAUACUUCUUCGGAGAAGGCCAGUGACAGAGCCAACAAAGCUUCGGAAAAGGCCAGCGACAUAACCAACAAAGCUAAGGAGAAGGCUUGUGAGAUGAAGGAUGCAGCCACUGAGAAGGCUAGUGACAUAACAGGUGCAGCUAAGGAAACGCUCGGUUCCGCGACAAAUUCAGCCACGGAGACCAAAGAAGCAGCAAAAGAGAAGGCGUGCAAUGUGAAGGACUCAACAAAAGAUAAAGCUUGUUCUGCGAAGGACACAACCAAAGAGAAGGCCAGUAAUGCGAAGGAUGAAGCAACAGAGAAGGCUAGAGAAGCAGAGGAGACAUUAGAGUCUGCUAAAGAUACCAGUGCUUCAAACUAUGAAGCUACAAAGCACAAGUCCAAAGAGUUGAAAGAUAAUGUAGCUAAUAGAGGUCGUGAUGAGGAGCUCUAAACCUGCUACUUCAAGGCUUGUUUUGUUUAUUGUUCGAGAUUCUAUAGGUUUGCAAGUCUUACGUACGUCUGUAUCUUUCCAGUAUUUCAGUAAGUUUGUUGUUGGAUUAAACUAUCGAUAAUUUCAGUGAGUUUGUUGUUGGAUUAAACUAUCAAUAAUUUAAUAUGAGAAGUCACAAUCAACUGUAAAA